GGUCAUUCCAAAGACUUCUAUAGGUCUAUUGGCAAUGACGGUUGGUAUAAAACAGAAAGCUGACGUUAGUCUAAUUGUAAAAAAGUUUCUGGCUGAUGAUUUUGUGGUGAUGCUCUUUCACUACGAUGAUGUAGUGGAUGAAUGGCGUGAUUUGGGAUGGAACAGCCGUGUGAUUCAUGUCUCUGCAAUGAAUCAAACAAAAUGGUGGUUUGCCAAGCGGUUUCUACAUCCUGACUUGGUUGUUGAGUACGAUUACAUAUUUUUGUGGGAUGAGGAUCUAGGAGUCGAGCAUUUUCACCCCAAAGCAUAUGUUUCAAUUGUUAAAGAUGAAGGUCUCGAAAUAUCACAGCCUGCGUUAAAUGUUGAGGUGCAUUAUCUCAUUACUGCUCGCGUAAAGAAUUCAAAAGUGCACAGAAGGUACACUAAUCCCAAACGAACCGGAAGAUGCAAUGGAAAAAACUUGAAUCCUCCGUGUAGUGGUUUUGUAGAAAUGAUGGCUCCUGUAUUCUCUAGAGCUGCCUGGAGAUGUGUUUGGUAUAUGAUUCAGAAUGACUUGAUCCAUGCUUGGGGCUUGGAUAUGCUGCUUGGUUAUUGUGCACAGGGCGAUAGGACGAUAAACGUGGGAGUUGUGGAUUCCGAGUAUAUAGUACAUAAGGGUUUUCCAACACUCGGUGGGGUACAUGUCAAGAAGGGAAAAGUUGACAACAGAACUGAAGUAAGAAAGCGAUCUUUUGCGGAAAUGAAGACAUUCAAGAAGAGAUGGAAUAAAGCUGUUGUGGACGAUGAAUGUUGGAUUGACCCUUAUGGACAAUCAACAAAUUAAUGAAUAAAAAAACCCAUUGAUUUAUAGUUUUAGCCAAAAGUGGGAUUUUUCAAAGCUUGGUUAUAGAUCUGGAGAGAUUUCGAUGAUAAGAUCUACAAAGCUCAAGGGUAUAUGAGUUACAUUUUUUCGAUUUUGACCCUUAUGAACAAUAAACAAAUUAAUUGAUUAGAAAAGCUAUUGAUUUAUA